AUGACUCCCCUGCUCCUCCUCCUCCGCCUGCUGUGCCUCCUCCCCCUCGCCACCGCCGCCUCCGCCGCGCUACCCGCAGACUUCACCGCGCUCCUCGCCACCAAGUCCUCCCUCUCUGACCCCGCGUCCGCGCUCGUCGCUUGGGACCCGCGACACUCCCCGUCGCCCUGCCGCUGGCCGCACCUGCUCUGCUCCUCCAACCGCUCCUCCGUCUCCGAUGCCCAUGCCCCAGCCGUCGUCGCCUCGCUCCUCCUCUCCAACCUCUCCCUCGCCGGCACGUUCCCGUCCGCGCUCUGCUCGCUGGGGUCGCUCGUCCAUCUCGACCUCUCAUACAACUCCCUGACCGGGCCCCUGCCGCCCUGCCUCGCCGCGCUGCCGUCGCUCACGCACCUCGACCUCGCCGGCAACGCGUUCUCAGGCGAGGUGCCAGGAGCCUACGGCGCCGGGUUCCCUUCCCUCGCCACGCUCAGCCUCGCCGGCAACGACCUCUCCGGUUCAUUCCCGGGGUUCUUGUUCAACGUCACCGCGCUCGAGGAGCUCCUCCUCGCGUACAACCCCUUCGCGCCGUCGCCGCUGCCGGAGGACGUCUCCGGCGCCACGCGGCUCCGCCUGCUGUGGCUCGCCGGGUGCGGCCUCGUCGGGGAAAUCCCGCCGUCGAUCGGGAGCCUCAGCGGCCUCGUCAACCUGGACCUUUCCACGAACAACCUCACCGGCGAGAUCCCGUCGAGCAUCCGGAGGAUGGAGAACGCCAUGCAGAUCGAGCUCUACUCGAAUCAGUUCACCGGGAGCGUGCCGGAGGGGCUGGGGGCGCUCAAGAAGCUGCGGUUCUUCGACGCGUCCAUGAACCGCCUCUCGGGCGAGAUACCGGCGGACGUGUUCCUCGCGCCCAGGCUGGAGAGCCUGCACCUGUACCAGAACGAACUGUCCGGCCGCUUGCCCGCGACGUUGGGGCAGGCGCCCGCGUUGGCAGACCUCAGGCUCUUCAGCAACCGUCUCGUCGGGGAGCUGCCGCCGGAGUUCGGGAAGAACUGCCCGCUCGAGUUCCUGGACCUGUCGGACAACCGGAUCUCCGGCAUUAUUCCGGCGGCUCUGUGCAACGCCGGGAAGCUGGAGCAGCUCCUGAUACUGAACAACGAACUGGUCGGUCCCAUCCCGGCGGAGCUCGGGCAAUGCCGGACACUGACGCGGGUGCGACUGCCCAACAACCGGCUGUACAGAACCGUGCCACAAGGCCUGUGGGCCCUGCCGCACCUGUACCUCCUGGAGCUCGCAGGGAACAUGCUGUCCGGCACCGUGGACCCCACCAUCGCCAUGGCGAAGAACCUGUCGCAGCUGCUCAUUUCCGACAACCGCUUCACUGGCGCGCUGCCAGCGCAGAUCGGCACCCUGCCUGCUCUGUUCGAGCUGUCGGCCGCGAACAACAUGUUCUCCGGGACGCUGCCGGCGUCGCUAGCAGAGGUUUCUACGCUUGGCCGGCUCGAUUUGAGGAACAACUCGCUGUCCGGCGGUCUGCCGCAAGGUGUUCGACGCUGGCAGAAGCUGACGCAGCUGGACCUCGCCGACAACCACCUCACCGGAGCCAUCCCGCCAGAGCUCGGCGAGCUGCCCGUGCUGAACUCGCUUGACCUGUCGAACAACGAGCUCACCGGAGAUGUGCCGGUGCAGCUGGAGAACCUCAAGCUGAGCCUGUUCAACGUAUCCAACAACCGGCUCACCGGCAUCUUGCCUCCUCUGUUCUCCGGCUCCAUGUACAGGGACAGCUUCGUGGGCAACCCGGCGCUGUGCCGCGGCACGUGCCCGAGAGGCCGCCAAUCCAGAACCGGCCGUCGAGGUCUCGUGGGCACCAUCGUCUCCAUCCUCGCUGCGGCCAGCGUCGUCCUGCUCCUAGGCGUUGCGUGGUUCUGCUACACGUACCACCGGAGCCACCACGAUGGACACGCCGCGGAGCCCGGCGGCGGCGGCGGCAGCAGGCCCAGGUGGGUGCUCACGUCGUUCCACAAGGUGGGGUUCGACGAGGACGACAUCGUGAGCUGCCUCGACGAGGACAACGUGGUCGGCAUGGGCGCGGCGGGCAAGGUGUACAAGGCCGUCCUGAGGCGCGGCGGCGAGGACGUCGCCGUCGCUGUCAAGAAGCUGUGGGGCGAGUACUCGUACACCCUGCGCGUGACGGAGAAGAGCGACGUGUACAGCUUCGCCGUGGUGAUGCUGGAGCUCGUCACCGGCAAGAAGCCCGUCGGGGCGGAGCUCGGGGACAAGGACCUGGUGCGGUGGGUGCAGGGCGGCAUCGAGAAGGACGGCGUGGACUCGGUGCUGGACCCGAGGCUCGCCGGCUCGUCCAGGGACGACAUGGUCAUGGCGCUCCACGUCGCGCUUCUCUGCACGUCCAGCCUCCCUAUCAACCGCCCGUCCAUGAGGACCGUCGUCAAGCUGCUGCUCGAGGCUGCGCCGCGGCCACUCGAGAGCAAGCCACCAAAGGCGGCCGAGGAGAGGCCUCUUGAUGUCUGA